GAGAGAGAGAGAGAGAAAAAGAGAGUAUGUGAGAGGCAGAGAGAAAUAGAGAAAUAGAGAAAUAAAGAAAGAGUGAAUAGUUAAUGUGGCAUUUCGAUUUUGCCGACUGUCAACGUGGAUGGUCCAGUUGUGCAUCAGAAAUCUUAAGAGGAAUUAUUAAAUUCUCUUACUGGAUCAAGACUGAAGCUUAAUUUCUAGAAAGACGUUACGCUACUUGACACGGAUCGCGUUCGAUUAAUCAUUCUUCGAAUUCCAAUUGAUGCAGCUUGAUUAGUAACCUGCAAUGUGUUAUUCAACGUGACACGAAUCGGUCAAUGUUUCCAUUUCGGAAACGUAAUUCGAUUCUUUACACGAACGACGCGUUUACUUUUAUUUCGUCAUUUUUUUCUUUCUCUCUCUCUCUCUCUCUCUCUCUCUCUCUCUAUAUAUAUAUAUAUAUAUAUUUUUUUUUUUUUCCCCAUGUCUUUUUUUCGUUUUCUUCUUUAACAGUGAAUGGUAGUUCGAUGAAUGUGUGCAUUGGGAAAUAUUCCAUCAAUCGCAAUUCCUUCCAUUCUCGUAUAUCAUCUAUUUACAGUGCCACACAUUCGUACGGGACUUUUUAUCAUACAUCGAAUUCCUUUUAACAAAAGCCGCGAUCUAUAAAACUGAACCUCGAAGCAAUUUCGCAUAUAUCGAUCGUCGAAAUCGGAAGUUUUUGGUUUUCCAUUCUUCAUCGUUAGUCGACGAAGUGGAGUUAGUGGGCGGUGAAGAGAGGAAGAGAGACAAGGGGGGGGGGACAGGUUGGUUUAGUAAUUUUCUCACGGAUUUAUUCGAGUUCGUUCAUCAUUGAAAAAGAAGUAAUAAUAGAAGAAAAAUAGUAAGAAGAGAAAAGAAAAGAAAAGAAAAGAAGAGAAGAGAAGAGAAGAGAAGAGAAGAGAAGAGAAGAGAAGAGAAGAGGAAAAAGGAAUCGGUAAAGAACGAAGAAAAAAAAAAGGGGGUGGUCACAAAAAAGAGACAGAGGAAUAUAAAUUCAGAGAAUAAAAUUGAUCGAUCGAUCGAUCUUUAAAGAUAAUUGUAAAGAAGUAAUAAUUUGUCAUCUUCGUUUAUUAUAAAAAUCUUCGUCAAAGUUGUAAUCGUCAAAAUUGUAAAAUGGACAAGUGCGAGGAUUAAAUCCCUUUUUUCCAUAAUCAGUGAGAUGUUCCCAUGAGAAGAGCCGUCUGCGUGGUAAUGUCUUGUUGUUGUUGGUGCUGCGACAGCGGGAAUAGUAUAGCCGGUCCAAGAGGAACAACAGGAGCAGCAGCAGCAGCAGCAGCAGCAAGUGCCAUCGUAACCGGUGGCCGAAGAAGUGUCGUGGUUGAGAACCACGUUCACAGGAGCAACGUGGUGAGCGGGGGUGGUCUUGGCAUCGCGUCCGGCCUCUCGGCGAUGCUCUCCCUCAUCGUCGUCACCGUCGCCAUCAGUACCGGCGAGUGGUUGUUGACCGAGGAAAAACUACCUAAGACGUCCUCGAACGCCUCAGUCGAGCCGGACAGCAAAGUGACAUAUAGCGGACUCUGGCGUGUUUGUGUCGCCAUAAGUUCGCGCAUGGAAUACGAGUGUUCAAGUAUCGACUAUUUUCCAAACGAGGAAUACAGUCCCGAUCCCAGUGACUCAACGAUGGCGAUUCCAUAUGCAGUUACAAAGUCAGCCAUGUUUUUCUUUGCGGCGACGUCGUUGCUCGUAAUCGCGGAAGUUUGUUAUUUCGCCGCACACAUUACGCAUCCGAGGCACAGACUUUGCGUUUUCGUAGCUGGCGUAGUAUUUAUAGUUUCAGGGUUACUAAUGCUGGUUGGAAUGGUCAUGUACAUAUCAAUUUUUAAAGCCGAAGUUGGCAGCAAACUCAGGCCACGAUCAUCGUUUCAGGGACCUCCUUUUACGUAUAGAUACGGCUUCUCCUUUCUUUUAUAUGUGAGCGGCUUCAUCACUACCGAGGUGGCUGGUACAUACGCCAUUUUUCUAUAUAUAUCCUGGCACCAGCGAGAAUUGGUACGAAAGGACUUGAGACGGAAAAAUUAUGGGCAGGGCGUUUAUCACUUGGAUAAUCAUCACGUACAUCAUGGCAAUCAUGCCGCAUUGGGCCAUGGUAAUUUUAUCUGCGAGAGACACCAAAAGAGAUACUUCUUUGGAAGGGAUUCCGUCGAUUACGUCGAUUUCGAUGAGUUUUUACCACCACCACCGAACUUGGAUCAUUACGGUUACACCAGCAGACAAUUUCCAAGAGAUCUCACUGCUCAAACGGUGAGCACGACGGCGGACAUACUGCAGCAGGAGGAGGAUGUACCGGAGCCCGACACCGAUUACAGUCCAAGCGUCCGCCAUGAGUUCGUGACCUUUGACCUCGAGGAUCCAGCACCACCACCUACACCCGUUAGAGGUACCGAGUGGGCCUUCGCAGCUCUAAGAAGAACUACUCCCGUCUGAUAUAGCGUCAGGUAUGCGAGGUUGGUGCAAAACGUCGACUAUGAUGACGUGAAUGAUGACGACGAGGACGAGGACGAGGACGAGGACGAGGACGAGGACGAGGACGAGGACGAGGACGAGGACGACGACGACGACGACAACGACAAAAUGGAUGAGAAAGCUGAAGAGAAAUACACGGAAGAGGAAGAAGAGGAGUUCAUGUUGGACAAAAGCUGAAAAUAAUUGCUGUUAGAGUAAAAUCGUAAUCUCUUUUUGGCAAUUGCAUAAAGUCGUGGCUCUAGACUUUUUAAAAAUAUAUUUCGAUCGUUAAUUUUCUUUCUCGAACUAUAUCGAUAUAAAAGAACGGCCGAACAAAAGUGUUAGAAAUAUCGUAAUGUGAUCUAACGUUAUAUUAAAUAUACGAUUUUAUUCGAAAUACUUUUCGAGUAAAGAACGUCGAACGAUAAUUAAAUAAAAAAAAAAAAAAAAAAAAAAAAAAAAAAAAAAUUGAAGAAAAAAAGAAGAAGACCUAAUAUAGGAAGAGAGUAAGAUGUUAUUUAUUCGUGAGAUUUUCUAUAUUAUUAAUUAAUAAUUAUUAAUUUUGUAUUAAUACCAGAUAGUCCAUUAUCUGUCAAAUUUCUAAGAAUUUUUUCAAGCUACACGACUGCCUGUUUCUAAUUUUUUCAUUCUUUUUCACAUACUAUCGUGUAUAUAUGUAGAUAUAUAGAUAUACAUAUAUAUAUAUAUAUAUAUAUAUAUAUAUAUAUAUAUAUACAUUUAUGAUAUAGUUAUAAUAAUAAUUAAUAAGAAUAAAUAUUUGAUUGCAUAUAUAAUUCUCGAAAGAUCGUUUAAUUUCGUCGUAUCGAAGAGAACCGUCCUAUAAUCAUUACGAAAAAUAUACAUAAUACAUACAUACAUACAUGCAUACAUACAUACAUGGAUACAUGCAUAUAUAUACAUAUAAUACAUGCAUAUAAUAUAUACAUACAUACAUACAUGGAUACAUGCAUAUAUAUAUAUACAUAUAAUACAUGCAUAUAAUACAUACAUACAUACUUGUGUUGAUGACUAAUGCUUGUUUCGUCGAUAAAAUAAUAUUAAUAUAUGUAAAAGGAUUUUCUAAUUCGAUACAACGUAUCCAAAUGAUUAAUAAAAUUUAUAAUGAUAAGAAGAAAAAUUGAUAUAAAUUAUGUUGGUGGCCUAUUAGAUAUCUAAGACAAUUAGAUUGCAAUAUAGAUGUACGAUCGCUUAAAUUUUUAAGGUAUAUACGUAUUUUAUUCUAAUAUUAUUUCUCAAAAUUUCAUUUACAACUCGAAGAUUAUUUGUUUUUUUUUUUUCUUUUUUCUUUUUUCUUUUUUCCUUUUACUUUCUUUCAUUCUUGCUCUCGUAUUACGAUGAAAAAGAAAGAAAGAAAGAAAGAAAGAAAAAAAAAAAAAUAAAUAAAAAGAAUGGCCGACUGCUUCGUAGAUCGAAGUUAACUCCGAUAUUACAUACUCAGGUAUUAAAGUCGACUGAAACUGAGAUUAGGUAGAUACAUUUUAUUGUUAGAAUCAAUCGAUUGAUCUGUAAAAUUUAACAGUUACAGAUCAUUCGAUAUACAUAAAUCAUUACUAAUAUUUUAUUGCUAUUAACGAAGGCGCUUGAUAAAUAUAUUCUAGACAUGAUACGCAAAAAAUAUAUUAAAUAAGAUUCAUUUUUAUUUUGGACUCAAUUGAAGAGCCUAUUUUCAAAUCGUCUUAAAUCGAUACUUAACGAUAAUAAAAUUUAUUUCGUCGGAUUAAAUCGAAAGAACUUUGGUCUCUCUUGAGAAAUAAAUAAAAUUUUGUUUUUAUCUUAGUCGAAAGAUUUUUCUAAUGUAAAAAAAGAAAAAGAAAAGAAAUCAAUCAAUCGAGAUUAAAGCGAUAGGGAAAAGUGCGGAUUUAGAUUGUGGUUUAGGUUUGCGUCUUGGAUUGCGUUUGAAUUUUAAAUAAUUAUAUGAUAAUAGAUUAAAAUGUCAUAUCAAGUAAUAUUCAAUAAUUAUAUUUAAGCAAAACCUUUUAAGAAAUAUAUAAUAAGAAAACUGUGAUUUUUCUCAGCUUUAUAAUGAAUCAAUGAAUUUGAAACGUUUUGGAAAUAAGCUUUUCAAAUGUAAUGCAAAUAAUGUAAUUUAUACGUAUUCGUGAUAAUAACGAAUAAUGUGUAAUUAUGCGAAGGAAAGAAAAAAAAAAAAAAAAGAAAAAAAAAGAAAAAAAAAAAAAAGAAAUCACUUCGAGCAUGCAAUUGUUGAUAAUUAAGUGACUAAUUGUUAUUUCGUUAUAUUAAAUCGUGUAUCGAUUAAAUCGCGAGGACUAAUUGUAAGCAUACGAUUUUUAACUCGUAUUAUCGACAUUAUAUAUAUAUAUAUAUAUAUAUAUAUAUAUACAUAUAUAUAUAUAGAAGGCAUAAUAAGUUAUACGCGGAUUGUACACUAUUUUAAGACUUCGAUACGGUAUAAAAAAAGAAAACAAAAAAAAGAAAAAACAGAAAAAAAAAAACAAAAAGGAAAGAAAAAAUGAUAAAAAAGAAAAAAAAAAAAAAGAAAAAGAAACCGAUAACAAUAAGUUUUUACAUAAUUAUGAAAUAAUUUUUAAAAGAUUUGACGAAAUCUACAGUGUCUCUUAAAAUUAUACGUAUUUAGAGAUUACUGUAAUAAUCGUGUAAUUAAUCAGAAGCGUUUGUCAACUAUAUAUACAAAUAUUUAAAUAAUGCGCGAUAAGCUGAAAUUUUAUAAGGGACAAAAGUUAUUGCCAGUUGUAAUAUUAGAUUAUAAGUAAUUACUUGCCGAUAUAUAAAUAAGAGUCAUACAUGAUUGAAAACGUCGAUAAAAAUUGUAUUCCUUUAUUUGUUUUUUUUUUUUUUUUUUUUUUUUUUUUUUUUUUUCGUUACGUACGGCA